AUGGACGUAAUUGUGGACCUCUAUUUUAACAGUUCGGAAUUAAAUGGUGAUGUCAAAAAGCUAAUUUUAAGUUGGGUUUCAUUUUUUAAAAAUAAUUGGAACAGCUUGUUUAAUAUAGAUAAAGAAGUUAUUUUAAAAUUAGAAUUUUUUUUAGACAAUAAGAAAGUGGUAAGUAAAAAUGCACCACCGAACAAAGAAAUUUACUUGCAUGAAAUGAAGAAAAAUCCAGAGAUCGUUUUAAAAUUUAUGAAGGUGUCUUUGCAUUUGCUACUGUGCAAGUUCCUAGGCUUAGACAAAGAAAUUGUAAAGUCAGAAACUAACACAGGUACACAGAAUAGCGGGAAAACGAAGAAAAGAAAGAGUAAGAAUAAUGGUAAUGGUGGUGGUACUAGUGUUAGCGGAAACGGAAGCGGAAGAGGAAAUUGCAACGACAGAGAAAGAGGAAAUGGUAAAAGUAAUAGUAACAGUAAAAGUAAUAUUAAUAAUAACAAUAAAAGUAAUAGGAACAAUAACAGUAACAGAAGCUGCAAUAGUAAUAGGAACGGUAACAGUAACAGAAGCUGCAAUAGUAAUAGGAACGGUAACAGUAACGACGGCGUGGGUCGGGACGCAGAGUGUUGCUACUUCAUAGGAAGGGAAGAAAUAACUGACGUAGAGAACGGCAAUUUGCUAAUAAACGAAUUGAAAUAUGAUAGGUACAGAGAGUCGGAAAUAUUUCGUAAUUAUUUCCUUACAACAAGAAUAACAAUAUAUUUGUAUAAUUGGAACAAGAUAAAUAAAUUUGAAAAUUUAAAAAGUGAGAAAGUGAAUCAUCUUAUAUGUUUAAGAGGUAGUGUAUUAAGAGUAUCACCAAUUCAUUUAUUAAUUACUAAUCUUGAUUUUAUAUGUGCGAAAUGUAAAUUUAUAAUUAAACUAGAAUUUUUAGAUGGGAAAUUUGAAACCCCUAAAAAAUGUAAGAACUAUAAUUGUGAUAGUAGAAUUUUCCAUCCCCUUCGAGAAUCAGCAAAAUCUUUAGAGUAUCAAAAAAUUAUUAUAAAAGAAAAUAAAAAAAUUUUAAAUAAUAUAUAUGAAACUCAUGAUUCAAAUGUAAAAAAUCUAACUGUUACUUUGGAAGUAUCCAAAUUUUUUGUUAAUUCAUGUUUUCCUGGUAAUUAUAUAGAAGCCUUAGGAAUUCUAAAAGUUAUAUCUUUUAAUAACAACUAUUUAAUUAAUGGGAAAAAUUCUUUGUUUAAUAUGUACAUAGACUGCUUGUCUAUUUUCCCAUUAUCUUCUAAGAAAUACUUAAAUAAUAAUUAUUUUAAUAUAGAAAAAAUUAAACAAACGAAAAAUAAAAUUUACUCCUCCUUUUUGUGGGAAUCCUACAUAGAAAAAAUAUCUAAAAGGGUUUCAUGUAUAAGAAGAGGAGAAAGAUGUAGAGGAUUCGCACCAGGCAGUGUUCCCACAUCGGGCAAUGGACCCACACAAGUAAAUGUACACUCGUUUGUAUAUUCUGAGCAUGCUAGACUUGCUUCAGUCAAAGGGUGUGUUCAGAAUAAUAGGUGUGCUUCUCAUAAUAAUGUUGAAGAGUAUGGAAAAUAUGAUGAUGAUAAUUCCAGUGUUAUUAUUGUAAAAGAAGGUAGAAACAACAAACCUAACGGUUUCUGUGAUAUUAGUACUGUAACAAAUUCGCUUGAAAUUAAUACAUAUAACGCGUUAAGUUAUGCAAGCACGAGUGUAAUGAACCGUGAAAGAAGCGAUGAAUCAGAAGAUGUCAAUUCACUUUAUGAGAUAAGUGAUAUGGAACAAGUGCAUCCAUAUAAUAAUGAAUUACUUGAAGGGGAAAAUAAAAUGAACAUUAAUGGGCAAAUGCACCAUAUUAGUAAUGUUAAUGAUGAUGUUUCAAGUGAUAUAAUGGGUAAUGUUCGAGGUAGUGUGAGUGGGCAUGCUAGCGGCCAUGCCUGUAGUAGUGUCAAAGGUGAUGACCGCUUAUCUCUUCAUAACAUGUGCAUGUACGGGGACUACAUAGAUGAAGAUGGUCUUCUAAACAACCCAAAUCACUGCCUUAACCUAGUUAGAUAUAGAAGUGAAGAAGAAAAGGAAAAACAGUUCAACUUCAAUGGAACGAACAAAGAACAUUUCAACGUUGACAAAAUGUUUGAUGAAAAGGUGCUUGAAUUUAUUAACGACAUGCAAAAAUACGGAAGUAACAAAUUUUAUUUGUUAGUCGCUUCCUUAUGUCCUCGAGUUAUUAUGAACGAUUAUAUAAAAGCAGGAUUACUAUUAAGCUUAUUAGGUGGAAAAACAAUAUAUGAUGAAUGUAAUCAGAUAAAGAGAAGAGGAAAUAUACAUAAUUUAUUAAUAGGUGAUCCAGGACUAGGUAAAAGUCGAAUUUUACAAUAUAUCAGUAAUAUUAUUGAGAACAGUUUAUUUAUUUGUAGUACUUCAACAAGUAUAAAUGGUUUAACUGCAUGUGCUGUUAAGGAUCCAUUAAAUAAUGAAUAUUCCUUAGAAGGUGGUGCAUUAGUAUUAUCUGACAAGGGAAUAUGUUGUAUAGAUGAGUUAGACAAAAUAUCCUUAACAGAUCAGCAGUCUUUUCUAGAAUGUAUGGAAAGUCAAUGUAUUAAUAUAACAAAAGCUGGUAUUGUCUGUAAUUUAAAAACUAGGUGUACAAUUAUUGCUGCUUCCAAUCCAAAAGAGGGUAAAUAUAAUUACAACAAAACAAUUUUUGAUAAUAUAAAAAUUCCAUUUCCACUUUUAAGUAGAUUUGAUUUAGUCUUUUUAUUAACUGAUAAAAUAUCUGAAGAAAAAGAUUAUCUUAUUUCUAAUUAUUUGAUUAGCCCCAACAGCCGAAAGAGGAUGAUGCGUUCUUUUGAGCCAACAGGUAAAAGAGGUAAUAAAGGAGAAAGGAAUGGGAAUAAACAAAAGUGGAUCGAAAAAGAAGAGAUUAAUAUGCAGGAAGAUGGUGAAAAUAAGGAUAGUAAUGAUAAUUCCCCCCUUUUUUCUGUUAAAGAUCAUCUGUUUUAUAAAUGCAAACAAAUAGAUGAAAGAAAUUAUUUACCAGUAGAACUUUUAGGGGUUUUUAUAAAAUAUUGUCGAAAGUGUAUUUUUCCUAACUUAUCUGCUGAGGCUAAAACGUACAUAAGAAAAUUUUACUUACAUCUUAGAAAUUUAUCUAUUACAAAUAGUGAUAUAAGUGCACCUAUUACAAUUAGACAACUUGAGUCUUUGAUAAGACUUUGUCAAGCAAGAGCUAGAGCGGACUUAUCAAAUGUCGUAACUGUAGAACAUGCAAAAGAAGUGGUGGAAAUAUAUCAAAAAACUAUUUUUUAUCCAUUGCAUCUAAAAGCCAUGAAUUUUAGAAAAGGCACAUCUACUAAAAUGAAUAGAGGGAAAUCUGCUGCAGCGUUAUCCAAUAUCUUUAAGGAAAAUAUUAUAAAUCUUGUUCGGAUGACGGAAAAUAAAAUUUUUAAUAAGGACUUGUGCAGUAUGGCCAAGUCAGUAAUCCUUUCAGCAAACUCAAACAUAUCAGAGGACGCCCUAAUUCAUUUUGUGAACAACGAGGGUUUCAUUUUGUACAAAGGGGGGUAUUGGCAAGUGGAUUCCUUCUAUUUAAAAUAA